UAUUCAUGAAUUUUUUUGAAAAAUAUUAUUGCUUAAUUAGUUGGAAGCUGAUUAUUUUAUUCAGACUUGAGGUUUUUGAGGAUCCGAACUGAGGAUCUCAUUUGUCCAAUUCUUCAUCUUUCCUUCCAGUUUGUAGGGCUUUCACCUUUGCUUUCGGAAGCAGAAUAUGUAGCUUCUUUAGCUAUUGGCACUUUUAGCAUUUUCGAAGAUUCCAAGUAAAACCUUCCUGUCUUACGACCUGGAGAUGUAAUGGAUGUUGUUUGCUUGAGAUCUUUGGUUUCAAGACUUUUCGUUUUGUGUAUCUGAUUGUCGUGUGAGAGGCUCGAGCUGAAAAAUUGGAAAUCAUCUUUAAUUGUAACAACUCAAGGCCGAUAGAUUGUUUUGCUUUUGUUUUUCUCAAGCAUACUUGCUUUAUUAUCCCAUUUAUAACUAAAAAGAGGUAAAAUAAUUUUUUAGAUAAUAAAUAAUGAGUGAACUCUCAAAUAUUAAUAUCCCCCUUCUCUUCUAUAAACACAAUUUUUGUCUGGAGACUCAAUGCAAUCAUCACUAACAGUUCAGCAAGAAUCAUUCCAUAUCUCAUCUUUCAGUGUAUU